AACAGAAACAACACUUGACACACGUGGGUCGCUUUUUUGUUUUCUGUGAAAAUCAAAAUCUAAAAGUUGCCAAAAUCAAAUUGUUUCUGCGCCAGCUAUGGUCGACAAUAAGCUGAACACUGGCUCUGUGAAGAAGGUGCACCUGGCCCAUGCGAGAAAAGAGAAGACCGAGAAAAUCGUGAGCAAAAUCAAAUCUGAAGAGGCGGUGAAAGACGGCGGCGGCGUCAAUCCACCUCCUGCGAAGAAGCCCAAGUUAAAGAAAAAGCAGAAAAAGAAUGCUAAAAAUCCUGAUGCUGAAUCUGCAGAGGAAAAAAAGGAACCGAAGGUUGAAAACGGCGAGAAAAAAGAAGUUCUGAGGAGGCCGAAAAAGAAGAAGAAAACGAUCGCGAAAGAAAAGGUCGCUAACAUUGCAAAGACGGAAGAGCUCCAAAAAGAGCUCCAGCAAAAGGCGACUGAGUACCUAAACCUAUGGAAGAAUGACAGGAAAAAUUGGAAAUUUGUCAAAAACCUACAGACUUGGCUUGUUGCUAAUGUUUUUGACGUGGAGAAGGUGGACAAUGAUUUAUUCCAAAUCCUCGCAGAAUAUUUGAAGGGCGCAACUGGCAAUAUUAGAGAGAAUGUGGUAAAAAUGUCAAUCAAAAGGGCUCGAGAAUGCACACUGAAGGUUGACGUUGAGCCUGAGGAGGAUGCGGACACAUACCAAGAAAUUCGUUCCAGAUCCAAACAACUCAUCAAACUCAUGACCUCCAAAGAAAAGUCCAAGAAGCAGGGUGAAGCUCCUGACAGAGAAGGUAAAAAGAAAUUGUCAAGAAGGAGGAAUGACAAAGGCAGAAGCAACAAGUUUGGACUCGGAAAAGAAUCAAAACCAAAAGUUACUCAGAAUAAAGAACCUGAGUCUGAGGACAAAGAAACUCCAGCUCUUGAAAAAGCUAAGAAGAAGAAAGUUGUAAGUUUUGUUGAUGAAGAAGUGCAGAAAACUACAGAUGCAAAAUCAUCACCUAAGAAGAAAAAGAAGCCCAGCGAGAAUGCAGCUCAACCUUCCGUGGGGGAAUCUCCACGGAAGAAAAAGAAGGCCAGCAUUGGAGAAGAAACAAAAGAAAUUGGAGGAAAGAAAAAAGGUGCCGCAAUUAAUGGAGGUGUCAAAAAGGCACCAAAAAGGAAGGCAAAGAAAUAAUCCAGAAAUUUGUUUACAGAGAAGUACAAUAAAAUUUUUGUAAUUUAACUGGACACAACAAAUUAUAAAAUACACUCAAAUUUUAAGUUUUAUAAA